GAAGGCCGAGGGCUUCGUGGACGCCCUGCACCGAGUCCGGCAGGAAGUUCAUGAAUUCUGUAAAGCUCAACCCUAGAGCUCCCAGUUAAGGAACACUUAUCCCGGAGGUACCAAGAUGAUUGAGACAGGACUACUCUUCAAAGAGCUCUUUAUAAUGGGGAGACAAUAUAACAAAAAACUUCCUUAGUGAGAUUGCUGCUAAAAUUGAUUCAAUUCCACACUUGAAUAAUUCCACACCUCUAGUGGACCCCUCAGUGUAUGGAUAUGGAGUACAAAAACGGCCCUUGGAUGAUGGCGUAGGUAACCAGUUAGGGGCCUUGGUACAUCAAAGGGCAGUAAUAACAGAAGAAUUCAAAGUGCCUGAUAAAAUGGUUGGAUUUAUUAUCGGCAGGGGAGGUGAGCAGAUUUCAAGGAUUCAAGCAGAAUCUGGUUGCAAAAUUCAGAUUGCUUCAGAGAGUUCUGGGAUUCCAGAGAGGCCCUGUGUACUUACCGGAACCCCAGAAAGUAUUGAACAAGCGAAACGGCUCCUGGGGCAGAUUGUGGACCGCUGUCGGAAUGGACCUGGCUUUCAUAACGAUAUAGAUGGCAACAGCACAAUCCAGGAAAUUCUUAUCCCAGCAUCUAAAGUGGGACUGGUUAUCGGCAAAGGAGGGGAAACAAUAAAGCAGUUGCAGGAACGGACAGGUGUGAAAAUGGUCAUGAUACAAGAUGGCCCAUUACCUACGGGAGCCGACAAGCCUCUUCGCAUCACUGGAGACCCAUUUAAAGUACAGCAAGCAAGAGAGAUGGUACUAGAAAUCAUCCGAGAAAAAGACCAAGCUGAUUUCCGGGGUGUACGCAGUGAUUUCAUUUCCCGAAUGGGAGGAGGCAGUAUAGAGGUGUCUGUGCCUAGGUUUGCUGUUGGAAUUGUAAUAGGAAGAAACGGGGAGAUGAUCAAAAAAAUCCAGAAUGAUGCUGGUGUGAGGAUUCAGUUUAAACCAGAUGAUGGUAUUAGUCCAGAAAGAGCUGCCCAGGUUAUGGGACCCCCAGAUCGGUGUCAGCAUGCGGCACAUGUCAUCAACGAGCUUAUUCUUACAGCCCAGGAAAGAGAUGGCUUCGGAGGCCUUGCGGUAGCCAGAGGAAGAGGCCGCGGCCGUGGUGACUGGAGUAUGGGAACCCCGGGUGGCAUGCAGGAGAUCACAUACACAGUGCCAGCAGAUAAGUGCGGCCUCGUCAUAGGCAAAGGGGGUGAGAAUAUCAAAAGUAUAAAUCAGCAGUCAGGAGCACAUGUGGAGCUUCAGCGUAACCCUCCUCCAAACACUGACCCCAACUUGCGAAUAUUCACCAUCAGGGGAAUUCCUCAACAGAUCGAGGUGGCCAGACAUCUCAUAGAUGAGAAAGUUGGUGGUACCAGCCUUGGAGCACCUGGAGCCUUUGGACAGAGCCCCUUCAGCCAGCCACCUGCUACACCUCAUCAGAACACCUUUCCUCCAAGGAGCUCAGGGUGCUUCCCAAAUAUUGCUGCUAAAGUGAACGGAAAUCCCCAUAGCACCCCUGUGAGUGGUCCUCCGGCCUUUCUGACCCAGGGUUGGGGCAGCACCUACCAGGCAUGGCAGCAGCCCACACAGCAAGUCCCAGGCCAGCAGAGCCAGCCGCAGAGCAGCCAGCCUGACUACAGCAAGGCCUGGGAAGACUAUUACAAAAAACAGAGUCACGCUGCCAGUGCUGCUCCUCAGGCCAGCUCCCCACCGGAUUACACAAUGGCUUGGGCAGAAUAUUACAGACAGCAGGUUGCUUUCUACGGGCAGACAUUAGGGCAAGCACAGGCCCACAGCCAGGAGCAGUAGAAUAAUGUCCUUGCGGCUGUUUUUCCCCCUUGAAAUCAUUGUGAGUGAAAACCUAUUUGUAACAGAGGUUUUUAGAUUUGCAAACCUUUUGAUGAAGAACCUUUUUUUUUGUUCUGUGAAACACUAUAUUUAGAUUAACAGAAUUUUUCUAAAAAUCGGGAAAAGUUAGUUACUAAAAAUUGCUGAUAAUUUUUAUUUCAUUAUUUUUGUUGUUAUUUCAAAUGUGUAAGCUCUGGGAUUCUUUUUGGAGCAAUACCUGCAAAUUCGGGCACCAGAAUGUACCUCAGAGCAGUGACAUUUCAACAUGGUGUUUUUUGUUUUGUUUUUUGUUUUGUUUUGUUUUGCGUGUCUUUCUUUUUAUUUACCGUUUUUUCUGUUGCAACAGAAAGUGGCUUGGAAGUCUUAGGUGGUAUGUAACAAAUCCUUUUUAAAAAAUUUUAAACAGUAUUUAAAUAUUCUUAAAUGUAUAAAUUCAUUAAAUGUUUUACUUCUAAUUUCUUGUAUCUCGGCUGUCUGGUUUUAUUGCAUUUUUUUAAAAACUGAACUAUUAUGUAUUGUAAUUAAUUAUGUGAACUCUGAAUUGAGACAGAUAAUUGUAUUGCUGUCCAACAGGGAUUGGGAGGGGGCAUUUUAUAGGGUUUGUAUAAUUUUUAGAGUUCUAAAGGGGUAAUAUAAAAAUGUGUUCAUGUUUUUAGCAUACGUUUUUUUCAUGUCUCCAUUACCAGUUGUAAUUGUGUGUCUAAGACCUCCAAGCUUGUUUUAAAAACAAAACAAAAAACCUUUCUCUAUUCUCUCAGAAAUAUAAAUACUGUUAUUUUUAAUAUUAAAAAAAUUCGAUAUAACUUUUAACAAACACUGUGGAACAUUAAACCAUAUAAAAUGCAGUAACUAUUUUUUAAUUCCAAGGUGUUUUUGCUUUUUUCUUUUAAAUAUUUUCUUAAUAUUUGUCCAAUUAACUAGAUGAGUAAAUAAAUCUAGUAUUAACCACAGUAUGAAUUAAAUAAUUUUGAUUUAAUAAAAGGGAUAAUAUGAUUUCCAAUGUUUACUGUAGGUAUCUUGUACAGAUAACAUGUAUUUUUAAAGGAAAAAAAAAACGGAAUUGAAGCUAUUUUUCUUGCAUUUUUAAUUGACCUGAGGGACAUU